AAGAAAAGAAAAAAUCAUUUUGUUUUUGGGUACAAGAUCACCUUUCCCAAAUCCUAUCAUUUUUCUGUAAGAAAAGUAAAGUCAAGAAAUUGAAAGGUGAGGAGGCAGAAGAUGGUGACGACCCAUUUGACAAACUAACAACAACAAUUAAAAAUCCAGUCAAGAAACACAAAAACAAGAAGCAAUUGCAACAUUUUAACAAAAAAAAAAAAAAAAAAUCCCCCUUCUGCUUCAUCCUGAGCACCUCCCAAUCCAAAUCUUUAUCAGAUUUCUUCAAUUCUAUCGAAACACUCACAUACAUAUAUCUAAAGAAAAGUGAUGGCCGCCGAGCAAGAUAUUUUGAACUCUCGGUUAACGCAAACACAAACUGUUUGGGAGGAUGAGUUACAGCGAAGACAGUCUCAAGUAGAUGUAUUGCAAACAAAACUAGGUGAAGUUGCUUCAUCUGUGCAAGAGUCUGGUCAGGACAUCAAUAAAGAAUUGGAGCUUCUUUGGCGGAGAGUAAAGACAACCACAACUUUAUUGACAUAUUUGGAGUCGAAAGCAAGAAUAAUGACAAUUCCCCAUUUAGCCCUCACGUCGUGCGGCAUCAAACAGUCGGAUGUUGAGGGUUUCGUUGAUAGAAGUGGCACACCUAUGUCUAACUGGUCCAGAAAUGUAAAUCUUUCUAACUUUAACUCUCGAGAGGUUGAAACAUUGAUUGCCAUUAAUAGACAACAUGGUGUUCUUGAUGAGAAAGAUGGGUCUUACAUGGGUGAAGUUCUGAAUAGUGUGCAAACUGUUACUGAUGUAAUGGAGUCUUUGGUCAAAAGGGUACUUGUGGCUGAAUCUGAAAGUGUUAAUGCAAAACAGGAAGUAAGUUUAGGCGUAGAAGAGAUCAAAAAGAAGGUGAUUCAGAUUGAAACCAUGUCUGAAAAGCUAGUUGAAAUGGAUCGUUUUGCAGUGGGUACAAAUUGUAUUUUGAAUGAAAUGAAACAAAGGGUUGAAGAUUUAGUUGAAGAAACAUCUAGACAGAGGCAACGAGCAGCAGAAAAUGAACAGGAACUUACCCGUGUCAAACAAGAUUUUGAAUCACUAAAAUCUUACGUUAGUAGUCUCAUAAGUGUUAGAGAAACACUUGUUUCUUCAGAGAAGCAGUUUCAGAGCAUCGAGAGGCUUUUUGAACGGUUAGUUGUGAAGACAACACAAUUGGAGAGUGAAAAAGCGCAGAAAGAGGCUGAAGUGCAGAAGCUUAUGGAUGAGAACAUGAGACUGAAUGCACUUCUUGACAAUAAAGAGGCGCAACUGUUAGCCAUGAAUGAACAAUGCAAGGUAAUGGCACUCAGUGCUUCCCACAUCUAAUAAUAUCCUACAUACAAUAUCUCAAAAUUCGGCCGAAAUUUUCAACUACAAUGAGCAUGCUGACUACAUUGAUUGAAAAUUGUGUGGAAUUUUUCAUUCUGUAAUGUAACAUGAACAAGAUGAUAAUGCUACUUUCGAAUCAUAGUUGAGUGUUUGAAUCCAUGUGAAUUCUCUUCUUUUUUCAUA